AUGAAAUAUUUGAAGAUCUUUUAUUUUGUAAGACACUUAAAAACGUCUACAAAAGGUGAAGAUAUUUUCAAAUUGCUAAAUUCUUUUUUUUCUGAACACCAGCUUGAAUGGAAAAAUUGUGUGUCAAUGUGUAUGGAUGGUUCCAAGGUUAUGAGUGGUCACAUCACAGAGCUGGUAGGCCAUAUUAAAAAAGUUUCAGCUGAGUGUAAGUUCACUCAUUGUGUUCUUCACCAAGAGGCUUUGGCAGCUAAGCACCUCUCUGAGGAACUUAAAGAAGUCCUUGAUCAGAGUACUCAAAUGGUCCAGCACUUGAAUGCACUGAAGAUCCGUAUAAGAGAGUAUUUUCCGCCUUUGGAGAAACAAUAUGACUGGAUACGUGAUCCCUUUGAUGUUGAUGCUACAGACACUAAACUGACUACUUUGAAAAGGAGCAGCUCAUUGAAGUCUCGUGUGAUCCCUGGAUGA